AUGGAAUCCUUCAAGAAUAUGGUGCCCCAGCAAGCCCUGGUGAUCAGAGAAGGCGAGAAGAUGCAACUCAACGCUGAGGACGUGGUGGUUGGGGAUCUGGUAGAGGUGAAAGGAGGAGACAGAGUCCCAGCUGACCUGAGGAUCAUCUCCGCCCACGGUUGCAAGGUGGAUAACUCCUCCCUGACCGGUGAAUCUGAGCCUCAGACCCGUUCUCCAGAUUGUACCCACGACAAUCCACUUGAGACCCGGAAUAUCACUUUUUUCUCUACCAACUGCGUGGAAGGCACAGCACGUGGAGUUAUCAUUGCCACUGGUGACCGGACAGUGAUGGGUCGAAUUGCCACCUUGGCUUCAGGUCUGGAAGUUGGCAAGACCCCCAUUGCUCGGGAGAUUGAGCACUUCAUCCAGCUGAUCACAGGGGUGGCUGUUUUUCUGGGGGUCUCCUUCUUCGUCCUCUCUCUCAUUUUGGGCUACUCCUGGCUAGAAGCUGUCAUUUUCCUCAUUGGCAUCAUCGUGGCCAAUGUCCCUGAAGGACUCUUGGCUACAGUCACAGUGUGUCUGACCUUGACCGCCAAACGCAUGGCUCGUAAGAACUGCUUGGUGAAGAACUUGGAAGCGGUGGAGACCCUGGGCUCCACCUCCACCAUCUGCUCAGACAAGACAGGGACCCUGACUCAGAACCGAAUGACUGUUGCCCACAUGUGGUUCGACAACCAGAUCCAUGAGGCCGAUACCACUGAGGAUCAAUCUGGCACGGCCUUUGAUAAGAGCUCCCCCACCUGGCUGGCUUUGUCUCAUGUUGCUGGGCUUUGCAACCGAGCUGUCUUCAAGGGGGGUCAAGAGAACGUGCCCAUCCUCAAGCGUGACGUAGCAGGAGAUGCUUCUGAGUCAGCCCUGUUGAAAUGUAUCGAGCUUUCGUCUGGAUCUGUGAAGCUGAUGAGGGAGAAGAACAAAAAAGUGGCAGAAAUUCCCUUUAACUCCACCAACAAAUACCAGCUUUCGAUUCAUGAGGUCGAGGACCCCAACGAUAACCGCUACCUGCUGGUGAUGAAGGGGGCCCCCGAGCGCAUCCUGGACCGAUGCUCCACCAUUCUGUUCCAAGGCAAAGAACAGCCUCUCGAUGAAGAACUGAAAGAAGCGUUCCAGAACGCUUACUUGGAACUCGGAGGACUUGGAGAAAGGGUGCUUGGUUUCUGCCACUACUACUUGCCUGAAGAGCAAUAUCCCAAAGGGUUCGCCUUUGACUGUGAUGAUGUCAACUUUUCCAUCGAUAACCUCUGCUUUGUGGGACUCAUGUCCAUGAUUGACCCACCCCGUGCUGCAGUGCCCGAUGCUGUGGGGAAAUGCCGAAGCGCUGGCAUCAAGGUGAUCAUGGUGACAGGUGACCAUCCUAUCACGGCUAAAGCCAUCGCCAAAGGUGUUGGAAUUAUCUCUGAGGGCAAUGAGACUGUGGAAGACAUCGCCGCCCGGCUAAAUAUUCCUGUCAGUCAGGUCAAUCCCAGAGACGCCAAGGCUUGUGUGAUCCAUGGGACAGAUUUGAAAGACAUGCCUACAGAUCAAAUUGAUGAAAUCCUACAGAAUCACACUGAGAUCGUCUUUGCCCGUACUUCUCCGCAGCAGAAGCUCAUCAUUGUGGAAGGCUGCCAAAGACAGGGUGCCAUUGUGGCCGUGACUGGGGACGGCGUGAACGACUCCCCUGCCCUGAAAAAGGCCGACAUCGGAGUGGCCAUGGGCAUUGCCGGCUCGGAUGUCUCUAAACAAGCUGCCGACAUGAUCCUUCUGGACGACAACUUCGCCUCUAUUGUCACUGGAGUUGAAGAAGGACGCCUCAUUUUUGACAACCUGAAGAAAUCCAUUGCCUACACCUUGACCAGCAACAUCCCCGAGAUUACUCCCUUUCUGCUCUUCAUCAUGGCCAACAUCCCGCUGCCUCUGGGCACCAUCACCAUCCUUUGCAUUGACCUGGGCACCGACAUGGUGCCUGCCAUCUCCUUGGCUUACGAAGCAGCUGAGAGCGACAUCAUGAAACGUCAGCCCCGAAACCCCAGGACUGACAAGCUGGUGAAUGAACGGCUCAUCAGUAUGGCCUACGGGCAGAUUGAGAACGGGUUCCUGCCCUCCGUCCUGGUUGGCAUCCGUCUUAAUUGGGACGACCGGUCAGUCAACGACCUGGAAGACUCAUAUGGGCAGCAGUGGACCUACGAGCAACGCAAAGUGGUGGAGUUCACGUGUCACACCGCCUUCUUCGUCAGCAUCGUGGUGGUGCAGUGGGCUGACUUGAUCAUUUGCAAAACCCGAAGGAAUUCCGUCUUCCAGCAAGGCAUGAGAAACAAGAUCCUCAUUUUUGGCCUCUUUGAGGAGACUGCCUUAGCCGCCUUCUUAUCCUACUGCCCCGGUAUGGACGUGGCCCUAAGAAUGUAUCCUUUGAAGCCGAGCUGGUGGUUCUGCGCCUUUCCAUACAGUUUCCUCAUUUUUGUGUAUGAUGAAAUCCGUAAACUCAUAUUGCGUCGUAACCCAGGAGGAUGGGUGGAAAAAGAGACCUACUACUGA